UCAAUGCAUAUGCAACAAGGAUACAAGGGAUCAUAUCAGCAAGGCUUCCCACCCCCACAGGGUGGUCCUCCUCCUCAACAAGUUGGUUUCCCUCCUCAACAAGGUGGUUUCCCCCCGCCUCAAGGUGGUUUCCCCCCACCCCAAGGUGGUUUUUCCCCGCCUCAAGGAGGACAGCCAGUUGUGGUUCAAAAUGGCUCCCCAAAUGCUAUACAUCCAGAACAAGAUGGAUCUGAAGCUGAGAAUGGGCCACCACCGGACUUGAAUCAGUUUCAGACUUAUGGCGGCUAUGAACAAGUUGGAGGAUUUGGUCAAAUGUCAGCCAUGCCUCCUCCACCACCACCACCUCCACCAUCUGGACCCCCUCCUCACAUGGAGUUUGCUCAUGUUGCCAAUCUGAACCAGGAUGAGGCAAGGGAAGCCAUGUUGGCUAAGGUGGCUGAGAACUGCUGUUGGGGCAAAAAGGCAGCAAAGGACAUGACAAUCGCCCAAAUAGAUGGGUCAACGGCACUACACUACAUCCUAGAGACAUACUGUGAAGGCCGCUCGACCAAUUAUGAACACGUUCCCUUCCAUGGGCAGUUCAUCGAUGGGCCAGAGAAUGGCCCCCCUCCGCCCCCAUGGGCUGUCGAAGUUCAUCCUGAUGGCAUGUUUAACAACCACCAGAAAAAGGUUGAGGUGCCUCAUACUGCUGUAGUCAAGCCUUGUCAUACCUGUCAUGCAACAGGUUGUAUCAGAUGCCGCCGUUGUGGUGGAAGUGGACGUAACACCUGUACACGCUGUGGUGGCCAUGGCCGUGUGAUGCACCACCGCGAUGGUGGGAACCACUGGGGGCCAUGUCAUCGUUGCCACAGCAGUGGAAGGAUAAGAUGCUAUACCUGUGGAGGUGAUGGACGUGUAACGUGUCCUUCCUGUAAGGGCCAUCGCCAACUUAAAUUUUACAUUGCUCUGACAGUCAAAUUUGUCAAUCACACUGAAGAUUUCAUCAUGGAGGAGACAGACCUACCUGAUGAGUUAGUGCGUGUUGUCAAGGGCAACCUCAUCUUUGAACAGACUAUGGACCAGGUUUGGCCUGUGACGGCAUAUCCGACCAAAGCAAUCAAUGAUAAUUCUAUACGCCUUGUUGAGAAGCAUCGAAGGUGUUUCCCUUCAGAACGGCAGCUGCAACAGCGUCAAACAAUCAGAGCAAUCCCUGUGACUGAAUGUGCCUACGCCUGGAAGGAUGUCAACACUCGCUUCUGGGUUUACGGGUUAGAUAGAAAGGUGCACUCUCCAGAUUAUCCGCAGCAGUGCUGCUGGGGUUGCCAGAUACUAUAGGACUUUGCAUUCUCUUCAUCUGCUUGGAUGUUAACUGUCUCAUUGGAGAUUGAGAAUAUGUAAUGUAUUCAUGGUCCAUCCUCUACACAUCUGUUAUGAUUGGCAGUAACAUUCACCACUUCCCCUCUUCAUCUUAUAUCCAUCAACCUGUAACUACGUUUUAUCAAAAUAUAAAUCUUGCAGCAACUAGAACUUUCAAAAUCACCCUAAAUCCUCAUCAGUUUGGUUUAGCCUACCAUUCCUAGACUUUUUACAAGAUUUUAGUUUUGCAACUGUCUGUUGACUACCAAGAUUUUGUGUCAAAUUUCUACACAUUUACAAGAUUUUAGUUUUGCAGCAUGCCUGGCUCAUACUUUUUUGGUUUAACUGUACAGUAGAACCUCCCUUAGAGGACACCUCUGCCAGGCGGACACCUCUACAUUACGGACACGUCCGGCAAGUCCCGAUUUUUUCUAAGUCAUUUCCAAUAACAAAAACCUCUGUACGGUGGACACCUCUCUACUCCGAAUUGCGGACAGGGCGAUGGCCAAUUUUUGGUCCAAUUCCCUCCCAAUUACGGACAGUAGGCAAAAACAAUGGUUUCCCGCGUGUACUUGGCGAGUCAAGUAGGCCUGACAGGUGUGAUAUUUGCGUAAUUAAUCAACGUAAUUACCCCAUGGCAUUGUGUUUUUGUAUCCUAAUUAAGCCGCAGCAUUUGUUUACUCAUCUUUUCAACUAAUCAUAUAGGCCUAUUGUGUCAACGGACACUCAUAAAUACAGGCGGUUUUGUCAGUGUUGCGGCGAAUAUGCAUGAGUGGAGAAUUUAGAAAAAAUUAAUUAUUAAUCAAAGGUGGCUGAUGGACAGAAAUUAUGGUGUUUUUUCACACAUUAUGACAUGUCUCGGAGAUUUUGCAAUAAAAGGGGCACUUUUUACUAGAGAGAUUAUUCACUCUCUGAGUUCCAAAGUAGCUCACGUCAUUCAACGCAACAUCACAAGCAAAGACCGAUCAGCCAACAGGUUCAAAGUUUCUACGUUAAAUGUCGACACAGAGAAAACCAAGACCUGCAAGGCGGGAACUUCAAAUCCACCUAUCGGACGAUUUGGCAUAACCUCUCCAUUGCGGACACCUCUCUAUUGCGGAAACCUGGGCCCAGUCCUAUGGGUGUCCGCAAUAGAGAGGUUGUUCUGUAUGUUGACUGCCAAGAUUUGUGUCAAAUUGGAAAUAACAUAAUUGAUUCCCGAUUAGGAUCUUUGGUACACAAACCCAAUGGUUAACAAUAUAGAGCAGUUUUCUGCUCGGCUGCUGCCAAAGUUCAAGAAGCGGGUAUUUUGUAAUUCGUAUUUCUGCUGUACAAAGCAACUGUGAUCUUGGUGAGCAUUGUGUUCCUCACUGUUUACAUAAAAUAGUUGUAAAUUGUAAAUUAACUUAAAAUUCUAUGUAACAAGAAGUCAAGAAGAGCUGCAUCCUCAAGCUAUACCACUUGUCAAAGCCACUAUUGUUCAGUGCUGUAAUAGCCUACUUCUAUCGUCACCUAGCGCCAACUAUACUGUUGUAUUCUAUUUUUAGAAUGAUUUAAUUUUGUUUCUUGAUUGAUUUGCCCAAAUCUCGGAUUUCAUUCGAUAAGAGAUGUGCUCAUUUAAGAAAUACUCACUACUUUACCAGAUGUCCCCAUUUUCACAAACAUACUUAUAAAAUUAAAAAUAAAAUUGGGUUGAAAAAAAGUUGUCACACCUGAACAACCUCAGGCCUAGGCGUGUAUUGAUAGUGCUUCUAAAGUUAGUGCAAAUGAAUGCCUGUACAAUACAUUUUAUUGUCACUGGUGAAACAGACUUACAGUAUGAUAGAUUUUAGACCAAUAAAUAGAUCUCAUUUGAUGAUUGCUCUCAGGGAAAGAGAGGUUUUGCUUUUCAAAUGUCAAGUCUCCCCAUCUCUCUCUUUUCAAUGCCAAGUUUCUUAAAUCAAAUUAGAACAAACUAGGUUAAAUCACAGCAUUGCUUCGUGUUCUUUUUGGUGAUAACUGUCCUGAACAUCAUGAGGCUUUAAUUCUUUGCAAUUGCUACAAGUUGAAAUGCUUAAUUAAAAGUAUGCCAAAGUUUCAGAAAACCACAAAAUAAAAUUGCUGUGAAUAUUUCCAAGUUUACAUUAUUGUAAAUAGUGUAAUACUGCAAGCCGGGACAUUUUUACAACGUUAAAAGGUGGCAAAUUGGCUCUUUUGUAAUUGAUGAUAGACUAAAUACAUGUAUCAUUCAUACUGCUGAAAUUUAAAGGGACUCUAUAGGCAGCAGCUAGACGCAAGGACACAACGCGCCGCGUAGCAGCAAAAUAGCGAAGCUGGCGACACAUUUAUAACGGGUCACCGUGGCCUCAUUAUGGACUUAUAGCGCAAUUGUGGGGUUGUAACUAUUUUGCUGUAUAUUGUCACAAGGAAAGAAAAGCACGCGACCUGACGCCGACCUAUUGACGUAAAGUGAUAAUUAGAAGGAAAUGUUAAUAAAAAAUCAUUCCAUAUCGUCUUUUGAGAGCAUUUUUAAUUGUAAAAAAUAUAUGCCUACCUCACAGAGUCUCUGCAAUGGUAAUUUUACAUUCUUUGUACGAGACGUUUUCCAGCACGAUGUAUGCGGGCAGAAGCAACACUGCACAAGAUUACCUCGAGCAGGGGCUGAUAAUAGAGUAUGCUAAUGAGCACACCUUCCUCAUUGAGUUUUCAAGAAUGGUCCAUAUCGCAGUCCAAGCUCGGGACGGCAUGGUUCUUCAAUUGCAUGUAUAGAGCAUUUUUUAUUGUAAAAAGUAUAUGCCUUCGUCACAGAGUAUCUGUAGUGGUACAGGCAAGAUAACGUCACCAAUAAGGGUCUCUCCCAUCUCUCAGUCCGACAAAAUUUAUUAUGCUUGUACGCAGAUAUAUUUAGUGGUGAAUCAAAAUGACAUUGUGCACUUACUGUGUGUAUAAGUCACCAAAAGUUACCGCCCUGCUCCUGCCUAUAGUCCCCCUUUGAUAUACAUUAGAUUUUUUUCUGGUUUGAUGUUCAUAUAAAUAAAGGCUUGCAGAAGUUUUAUGGUUUUACAGUAAUGUUUUAUGGAUUUUUAAGCAAUGUCAUGUGAUUAUUGCAUAUGUGUGAUUCCAUCCCAAUUCUAAGAAACUUCUAUUGUAUUGAUUUAUAAAGUAACAAUUUUAUUCUUGUUGAUUUGUGUUUACAUACAACACAAAGACAUACAAAUUUUCAUAGAGGUAAUGUGUCAUGAUUAUUGUGUGAAAGGGAUAAUAAUACAUUACUUUUGUGUUUUUUAUCGACAAAAAUGACAGUGAGGACAGCAGUUUUUAAUUGUUUCAGAGGUUUUUAACAGUAGAGAGGUUAACAUUUUGCAAAUCUUACAAUGAAUUGUUCUUUAUCUGAUACAGAAACCAAACAUUUAUUAUUUUCUGGCUGAUGAACGUUACAUAACUCCAAGGAGGGUCACUCAGAAAACAAAAAGAUCUUAGCCAGUCCUCCGGAUUUACGUACCUAGAGCGCCUCGAUGUAAGCCAUUUUAUGAUCACUGCAACAUAUCCCUGUAACCAGAUGAUCACUGCAAUGUGCAACAAAAAUAUCUCUUGUGUACAGGUAAAACCGAUAAUCGCUUGGUUUGAUAUCAAUCGAUUACCAAUUCUUGUCG